UCUCGGGGCGGGGCGGAGCCCGGCUGAGGACUUCAGGUCCCGGCGUGCCUCGCGCACCGCGGCCCCGCUGCUCGCGUCCUGGGUGCCGCCUCUGUGUAGGGCGGGCGAGGAGGCAGUCGAGGCGGAGCCCAUGGCCGCACUGAGGGCGGGCCGGGGUGCAAGCUGGAGCCUCCAGAGAUGGCGGGCUUUUUGGGGGGCGCGCGGGGGGAAGGGACCCCUGUUGACCCCUGACCUCCGGGUCCCGCUGACGUCAGGAACUCCUGACCCUGGGGCUCGAUGGACUUGUGGGACGCCCAGCCCCGGGACUCGGCUGUCUAGGGGGGUCCCUGAAGCACGGACAUGUGUGGCGGCGUGGACUUCGGGCACGCCGCACCCCGGGGCCCGGGAGGGCUCAGGGGCCUCGGGAGCCCGCCCACGAGUGUGGCUGGCGGUGGCGCUGGGCGCCGGGGGCGCGAUGCUGCUGCUGUGGGGAGGGGGCCAGGGGCUCCCGCGCGUCCAAGCCGCGGUGCUCCGCCCGCCGCCGGCCUCGCCCCGCAGCCAGUACAACUUCAUCGCGGACGUGGUGGAGAAGACCGCCCCUGCCGUGGUCUACAUCGAGAUCCUGGGCCGGCACCCCUUCUCCGGCCGCGAGGUCCCCAUCUCCAAUGGCUCCGGAUUCGUGGUGGCCGCCGACGGGCUCAUCGUCACCAAUGCCCAUGUGGUGGCAGAUCGGCGCCGAGUCCGCGUGAGGCUGCCGAGCGGCGACACGUACGAGGCCGUGGUCACCGCGGUGGACCCGGUGGCCGACAUCGCCCUGCUGAGGAUUCAGACGAAGGAGCCGCUGCCCACCCUGCCCCUGGGACUCUCGGCGGAUGUGCGGCAAGGCGAGUUUGUUGUUGCCAUGGGGAGCCCCUUUGCACUGCAGAACACCAUCACCUCGGGCAUCGUCAGCUCUGCUCAGCGGCCAGCCAGAGACCUAGGCCUCACCCAAACCAAUGUGGAGUACAUCCAGACUGAUGCAGCUAUUGAUUUUGGAAACUCCGGAGGUCCUCUGGUUAACCUGGAUGGGGAGGUGAUCGGGGUGAACACCAUGAAAGUUACAGCUGGAAUCUCCUUUGCCAUCCCUUCUGAUCGCCUUCGAGAGUUUCUGCAUCGUGAGGAAAAAAAGAAUUCUUGGUUCGGAACCAGUGGGACCCAGCGUCGCUACAUUGGGGUGAUGAUGCUUACUCUGACUCCCAGCAUCCUCGCUGAACUUCAACUUCGAGAACCAGGCUUUCCUGAUGUUCAGCAUGGUGUGCUCAUCCACAAAGUCAUCCUGGACUCCCCUGCACACCGGGCUGGCCUUCGACCUGGUGAUGUGAUCUUGGCCAUCGGGGAGCAGUUGGUACAAAAUGCUGAAGAUAUUUAUGAAGCUGUUCGAACCCAAUCCCAACUGGCAGUGCGAAUCCGGCGGGGACCGGAAAUGUUGACCUUGUAUGUGACCCCCGAGGUCACAGAAUGAAUGGAUCAGCAAGAGUAUGAGGCUCUGCUCUGGUUUCUAUCGUGCUUUCCUGGCUUACAUGCUGAGGGGACCUGGACAAUGGAUCAGAUGAACUAGUUGAGGGCAGGUCCCUGCAACCACCAGCACCAACUCCUGGAUUCUGAAGAAAUGAAAAAACUUUUUUUUUUUUAAUAAAAUAAAAUUAUACCUA